AUGGCGCAGACUACACCGAAUCGCCAGCCCAAACCAGGCGACUUUUUACUUGUGAUUCAUAAUUUUGAAGCUCGCGGAGAGGACGAAUUGACCUUGCGAAAAGGCGAGAAGAUCGAACUGGUUGAAUUAGAUGACGGCUUUGGAGAUGGAUGGUACUUGGGAAAACACACUCUAACUGGGAAGAUGGGUCUAUUUCCAGGAGUGUACACGACCGUACACCCUAGAAUAGGAGUGCGCCGACCGACCACUGCUUCGUCCGGUACGUCAGAUACGCCGAGCACCGACAGCAGCAAUAGAUCUCCCCUCAUAGGAAGCGACCACAUGGAAGCCAUGACAAUGUCCCCCACAGAAAUAGAAAGCAGGAACGAGACGACCCCGCAAGCCUCAAGACGUGCCAGUGCAUCCGAAACCCAGGACCCCAAUAUUGAGACUGAAUCGCCGCCAUUGAAACAAGCCCAACGCUCUGCUUCUAGUCCCCUGCCAACCUCCCCACCACUCGCCACUAACAUCCAACGUACGAUCAACCAAACGUUCGCCAAUCACUUGAAAAACGGCGAUAGCCCCGUCAUGAAUGAAACGCUCAGCGUAAUUGAUGAGCAUAUUACCGAUCUCAGCACACCUCGCCAUAGUAUCACCCAGGACUCGAAGACGGUCACCGAUUCAGGAAGCGAAUACAGUAGCCACAUCAGUCAUCGCCUCUCUUACAUCCAUGGUCAUGAGACUGACGAGGAAGAAGAGGCAGCCCAACCGAGAGAAGAAGACGUGCGCAAGUGGGAUCAUGUCGAGACAGCCCGUCAGUUGCGGAGUUUCGGCAUCGAUGCUCGCCAUUGCGAUAUUUUUCAAGAACAGGAAAUUACCGGUGAUGUGCUACUAGAGAUGGGCCAGGAGUUUUUACUCAUGAAAGAGUUUGAUUUUGGCGUAAUGGGACGACGCUUGAAGACUUGGCACAAAAUCAAGGCUUUCCAAGAGCAGGUCAAAGGUAUCAAGUCUUCAGCGAGGGGAUCAAUGGCCAGCUUUUAUCCUGGUGAUGAUUUUGAACGUUCUACGAGUCGCGCUGGACAUAACGCGCCAUUCUUACCCAGAAUUCCAAGCCUUUCAUCUGAUCAGCGACCUUCGUCAUCACGGUCAGUGAUCAACCCGUCAAGUAUACCCUCCCGACGGAUGCCAUCACUAUAUCAAGGAAGUCCCGGGUCUCCAUCUACAGUGAACUCAUCCGGACAACAAGAUUUGUUAAAUCGUCCAUCAGCAGCCUCUAUUCGUGAAAUAAACCAUGCACGUCGCCAUUCGUCGAUGGACUCAACUCACCGGUCUCCCGCAUUGAAUCAAUCCGGAUUUUCUCACCAUAAAAAGAAAUCUUUUGAUCGUGGUUGGACUAUGACCUCCACUGUUCCUCCAUUUGCAAAUCGUUCUGGAACCGCCGUCGAAGUGUCCGAUGACGAUUUGAUCCUGCAACAAAGGUUCCUCGACCGAACUAAUGGGGUAGAUUCCUCACCACGUAUUCCAGACAACGACGCUCUCGACCGAGGUUAUUUCUCAGGAGGGGAAAUUGAGACUCGUCGGACUCGACGAUUAUUGCGAAAACGCGACUCUGCAGUGGGCAGUGCCAGCCAUUCUAGGCAGUCUAGCUUCGUUGAUGAGCAACCCAGCCAGCGCAGACACUCGCGUUUCGGUAGCACUGACUCUGCCACUCGUAUGUCUGCUGCAGCUAAGGCUUAUCACGGCGGUUCGCUCAAAGGACGAGUGCGGAGUACAGGAAGUCAGAUAGCAGAUCCCGCUUCUGGUCCUCCGAUUGUAACAAAUCUUGAGGGUAAAUCUAGUACGGGCCCUUCAUUUUUCUCCCCGUUUGCCGGCAGGAGUGAAAAUGAGACAACAGGACGAUCUUCUCCUUCACCCUUCGCGAACAUCCGCAAUGUCGGUCCGAAGUUUCGUCGGGCCGUCGGGUUGCGCACUACAUCAGAUGGCGCGAGUGGAAUCGCAGGUGUCCAGGACCAGUCGCCGAUAUCCCCUGUUAAGGAUUUCAUGCCUUCCCUUGGACUUGGCCGAACAGGCUCCACGACACCGUCAGCUACAUCUAAAAGCUCCGAACGUCAUAGUACAGAUGGAUCGGGCAAAGCCAUUGAUGGCCCAUUCGCCAUGUCGAGACCCAGGAUUCCGUCCAAAGCUGCUAGCAAGACUAAGAAGGAUACGAGUGCUUAUACCCGUGGUCUAGAGAAAAAGAACCCACAAGAACAAAUGGCAGGUUGUGACUACAGUGGUUGGAUGAAAAAACGCUCGGCAAACCUGAUGACGACGUGGAAACCGCGCCUCUUUGUGCUUCGAGGUCGUCGCCUAUCAUAUUACUAUUCUGAGAAUGACACGGAAGAGCGGGGACUCAUUGACAUUACAGCGCAUCGCGUUCUACGAGCUGAUAAUGAUCCCUUGACGGCACUUCAUGCAACAAUUACUGGUGCUAUAGCUUCUCCAACCUCACCAGAAGGAGCGUCAAAAUCUCCCACUGAGAAAACAAGCGAUGUUUCUAGUCUGGCAAAGUCACCAGAGGCCCCUUUUAUAUUCAAAUUGGUCCCCCCGAAGAGUGGCGUGUCUCGAACAGUUCAAUUCACCAAGCCUACAAUACAUUACUUUCAGGUUGAUAACGUGAAAGAAGGCCGUUUGUGGAUGGCCGCUCUGAUGAAAGCUACUAUCGACCGAGAUUUGACUACUCCUGUGGAGACGACAAACAAGCAAAAGACGAUCAGUCUGAAACAAGCACUGUUAAUGAACCAGCGACCUCCUGCCUUAAUGGAAACCGAGCCAAGUGUCACUCCCGUAUCUGAGCCCAAUGAGGAUGACAGUGGUUUGAAGAUCCAAGGGUUAAAUCUGGACAAACCGACCGCUAGCGUUGAACCUACCACAGAAGAAGGGUCUACUGAAAACGAAGCAGCACCAUCAUUAGCAGCGAGCGCACAGUCCCCAUCAACAGAUGCUUUGCCCGAGACACUCCCAGAGUCGGUUUCAUGA